AAGCAUGUAUGUACUACAAAUUGUAGCGCUAACCUCUAAAAUUUUACGUGUAAUUUUGGCAACGUGCUUGCUGUAGUAUAUGAUAUCUUGAAUCUAAUAAUUGCAUUAACGUAUCAGCCGGUACCAAAUAAUUUGUGAAGUAGUUAUUGAAUUUUCAGAAAAAUGAUAGAAAAACUUCCAGAAACAAUUAAUUUUCCAAAAGAAGAGGAAAUUAUUCUAGAACUGUGGAAAAAGCACGAUACAUUUCAAAAUUCUCUAAAGUUGUCGAGAGGAAAACCAAAAUAUUCAUUUUACGAUGGUCCACCAUUUGCUACGGGAUUACCGCAUUAUGGACACAUACUUGCAGGAACAAUAAAAGACAUUGUAACAAGGUAUGCUUAUCAAUCUGGGUACCAUGUGGAAAGAAGAUUCGGCUGGGAUACCCAUGGUUUACCUGUCGAAUUCGAAGUAGAUAAGACAUUGAAUAUAAAAGGUCCUGAUGAUGUUGCUAAAAUGGGAAUAGCAAACUAUAAUAAAGAAUGUCGAAACAUUGUAAUGAAAUAUGCAACAGAAUGGGAAACUAUCGUAGGUAGAAUCGGAAGAUGGAUAGAUUUCAAGAACGAUUACAAAACAUUAUAUCCUUGGUAUAUGGAAUCUAUUUGGUGGAUCUUUAAAGAAUUAUACAAUAAAGGUCUCGUAUACCAAGGUGUUAAAGUAAUGCCUUUCUCUACGGGUUGUAACACACCUUUAUCUAACUUUGAAUCAGGACAAAAUUAUAAAGAUGUUGUCGAUCCUUCUGUAGUUGUAUCAUUUCCUUUAGUGGAUGAACCAGGUGUUUCUAUUCUUGCCUGGACUACUACUCCUUGGACUCUACCUAGUAAUCUGGCACUAUGUUGUAAUCCUACCUUUGAAUAUGUCGAAGUUAAAGAUCAAUCAUCUGGUAAUGUGUAUAUUAUAUUAGAGUCAAGUUUAGAUCUUAUUUAUAAAUCUAAAGAUUCCUAUACUAUACAAGGUAAAAGAAAAGGAUGUGAUUUAAAAGGAAAAAUAUACAAGCCUCCUUUUCCAUAUUUUCAGUAUCUAAGAGAAAAAGGUGCUUUCGUAGUAUUAAAUGAUACCUACGUUACAGCAGAAACUGGAACAGGUAUUGUUCAUCAAGCACCAUAUUUUGGAGAAGACGAUUACCGGUGUUGUUUAGAAGCUGGUAUUAUAACAAGAGAUCAAGAAAUCAUAUGUCCAAUUGAUAGUUGUGGGCGUUUUGUAGAACCUGUACAUGAUUUUGUUGGAAAAUAUGUAAAAGAUGCUGAUAAGGAUAUCAUUAAGUAUCUCCAGGCAAAUAAAAGAUUAAUUCAUAGCAGUCUUACUAAACAUAGUUAUCCGUAUUGUUGGAGAUCUGAUACACCAUUAAUAUAUAAAGCUGUACCCUCAUGGUUUAUUAGAGUAGAAGCUAUAAAAGAUAAACUUAUUACAGCAAAUAGUGAUACUUAUUGGGUACCAGAUUAUAUUAAGGAUAAACGUUUUGGUAAUUGGUUAAGAGAUGCUCGUGAUUGGGCUAUUAGUAGAAAUCGUUAUUGGGGUAAUCCAAUUCCUUUAUGGAUUUCAGAAGACGGACAAGAAAUUGUAUGUGUAGGGAGUAUAGCAGAAUUGGAAGACUUGACUGGUAUAAAAAUAACAGAUAUUCAUAGAGAAAGUAUAGAUCAUUUAACUAUAUUGUCAAAACGACCAAACUGCUCGGCUUUACGACGAGUACCAGAAGUUUUUGACUGUUGGUUUGAAUCUGGAUCAAUGCCAUAUGCACAAAUGCAUUAUCCCUUUGAACAUCGAAAAGAAUUUGAAGAGAAUUUCCCAGCUGAUUUUAUUGGAGAAGGUAUUGAUCAAACUCGUGGAUGGUUUUAUACUUUGUUAGUUAUAUCAACAGCUCUUUUUGGGAAAGCCCCAUUUAAAAAUCUAGUAGCUAAUGGUUUAAUACUUGCAUCUGAUGGACAAAAAAUGUCUAAACGUAAAAAGAAUUAUCCAGAUCCUGUGGAAAUUAUUAAUAAGUAUGGAGCAGAUGCCCUUCGUUUGUACUUAAUUAAUUCUCCUGUUGUAAGAGCAGAAAAUCUGCGUUUCAAGGAAGAGGGAGUUAGGGAUGUUAUAAAAGAUGUAUUUUUGCCUUGGUACAAUGCAUUUAGAUUCUUAAUGCAAAAUAUUGAAAGAUUUGAAAGAGAAGAGAAAAUUAAUUUUGUAUAUGAUGAGUCUAAAAAUGUCUGUUCUAAUAAUAUAAUGGAUAGAUGGAUUUUAUCUUUUACACAGACAUUAUUACAAUUUUUUAAACGAGAAAUGCAUGCUUAUAAGUUAUAUACUGUAGUACCUCACUUGAUAAAAUAUAUAGAUAAUCUUACUAAUUGGUAUGUAAGAAUGAACAGAAAACGUAUAAAGGGAGAUGGUGGUGCAACUGAUUGUCAAGAAGCUUUGACAACUUUAUUUUCUGUUCUUUAUAUAAUGGUUCGCGUGAAUGCACCAUUUACACCAUUUUUAACAGAAUUUAUGUUUCAACGUUUAGUUAAAUUACUUCGAUCAUCCAACAUUAACAUGGAUAGUGUUCACUAUCAAAUGAUACCAGAAUCUAAUUUAGAAUUAAUAGAUGAAAAGAUCGAAAAAGCUGUAUCUUAUAUGCAAACUGUAAUUGAAUUGGGACGUGUUGUCAGGGAUAGGAAAACAAUUCCUGUUAAAUAUCCACUGCCAGGAAUUGUAGUAAUUCAUCAAGAUGCUGAAGUAUUGAAAGAAAUAGAAUCUUUGAAAUCGUAUAUUCUAGAAGAACUUAAUGUGAAAGAAUUAACUAUUACUACAGACAAAGAAAAGUAUGGUGUUAAAUUGAGAGCAGAACCAGAUCAUAAAAUACUUGGAGCUCGUCUUAAAGGAGAAUUUAAAUCUGUUACUCAAGCUAUUAAAGAACUUUCCGAUGAAGAAUUACAGGUGUUUGUUGCAAAAAAGGAAAUUAAUGUUCAAGGUCAUAAAUUAGAAGAACAAGAUUUACGGCUAAUGUUUAGCUUCACAGGCCCAGCAGCUGAACAAUUAUCAAAACAAUAUGAAGCCCAUAGUGAAGGAAAUGUUUUAAUUUUGCUAGAUGUUACACCUGAUGAAAGCAUGUACAAUGAAGGAGUAGCAAGAGAAAUAAUCAAUAGAGUUCAAAAACUUAGAAAGAAAGCUCAAUUAGUCCCAUCAGAUGAAGCCAUUGCAUAUUAUGAAAUACAAGAUCAAAAUAGUAAUUUAGCAAAAGUUAUUGUUAGUCAUAAAGAUUUCAUAGAAAAUGCAACUAAAACUCCACAAGAAAAUAUAUCAAAAAUGCCCAAAAAUGCAAAUGUAAUUAUAGAAGAAAUGCAAAAAAUUAAAGGCAUUGAUAUGAAACUUAUUUUAGUAAAAACUAAAAUGGAUGAAAUUAAAAAUGACGAAAUAAUCGUAGAACCUUUUGUAAAAUACGUAAAUAUUGAACUUAUAGGCAUGAAGCCAAGGUUUGGAACAACCAGCUAUAUUGGAACUGUACUGUUAGAAACUCCUAAUUUACUAGUUCCUGUUUCUUACAAACAAUUAAAACACGAAAUUGAAUUAGUAUUUGGUAUUUAUGGUUGCGCUUAUAAUUUACUCAUAAACAAUAAACCAAUAUCAGAAGAAAUAAAUAUUUUAUCAUUACAUAAACAAACAAUAAAAGUAACAAAAAUAGGUUUGACUACAACUCAAACAACUACAGUAUUAAAACAACCAGCUUGUAAAUUUAUUAAUAUUAAUAGCACCUUAGGAAAAGGUACUAUUCUCUUAGAAAAUCCAAAAGGAAACUUUUAUUUAAAUAACAUAAUGUUAAAAGAACAAUUAAAUAUUUUCUUCAAUAAAUUAAAUACUUUUGAACCUAUACCUAAGGUGCUAAAUAAUUUAUAUGGUAAGACACUGCAAUUAAGAUAACUUUUACUUAAAAAUGAUUUUUCAUUGAUUAUUUAUUUUUUAUUUACAUACAUUUUUAAAAUUUUUCUCAAAUUUUAAUAAUUUUAUUUAAAUUUAAAUUAAAACAUAUUAUGUAUUUAAAUAUUGAUUUUGGAUUGAUGAUAAUUUUAUUCAUACAUUAUAUUUAUUUAUUUUAUAUAAGACUUUAUGAAUUCCUCAGUUUUUGUGAAGAACAGUAUGUAAUUGCAACAGUU